GCUGGCGCGGGCCCGCGGCGCCCCCGCGUGAGUAACCUCCGCCCGCGCCCGCACGCGCACGGCGGCACGCACCCGCGCGCGCCGCUUCUCCGCCCUCCGACGCGGGCCUCUAACGCAAUGGCGCCGCGACGCACCUCCGCUCCGGCCGCCGCCCCGCUUCCCACCUGCCGCCCCCGCGUCCGCUCCUGUGACAACCCGCGCCUUCUUCCUUUCUAAAUCACGUAUCCACCCUCGCCACGCACCGGCCGGCGCUCUACGUCGAUUCUACCCCCUCGGGAUCUACUACCGUUCGCUCACGCAAACCCCCCCCAAAAUUCGCAACGCGGCCUGGGAAUUCGCAAUGCCGCUCCCCUUUAACGCAUUAGAAUCGAUGCGCGAGGAAGACGCGCGGCGUGCCCGGUCGGCGGCGAGAGACGGGCUUCGCCAGACGCCGCGCGGAAAGAGAGGGACGGGGCGGCGAGCGGCUUCGAUAGGCGUCACGCGGCCCGCGCGGCCGUCCGCUCGCCGAUCCAUACGCGCCGCGCAGCCGCCGCCAGCGCCGGCGCUGCGGGAGCAUGCUCGCGCGGGCGCCGGGCGCCGCUUUGGAACGCCGCGAGGCGGUCCGCGCGCGGGCAGGUCCAAAGACGCCGCCAUGGCGCGUUCGGCCCGCUUCUACCGUGCCGCCGCUGCGCGCCGCCUUCAACGUGGCGUGGAGACGAUCAAGUCCACCACCCGACGACAGCCCGUGCCUGGACGCGCUGCGCGCCGCCACGGGCCGCGGCCCGUGGAGCGGCGACGGCCGCGCGAGCCGGGAGACGUGCGCUUUGCGGCAGUUCGGCGCCGACGGCCGGCCGCGGGCGACGCCACCGAGCUCGCCUCCAUCCCCGGCGCCGGAACGGGGGCGGCCUAACGCGGCCGAGGGCGCGGCGGGGCGGGCGGCGCGGGCGGCGUGGGGGACGCCCUGGGGCCCGCCGGCGCACGACAGCUCAGGCUACCAGCAGCGCUGGGCCGGCCGGCAGCCAUUGGCCAGCGUCGACCGGGACGCCGGCGGCUGCGGGGAGUUCGGAGAGGGCGGAGGCCGGAGCACAAGAUCAACGAGUGGCAGGCCGCAUGGAACUCACAACGCCAUCCAGGGCAUGUUCAUCGUGUCGCUGCCGUUCGCCGUGCUGCGCGGCGGCUACUGGGCCAUCGCCGCCAUGAUCGGCAUCGCGUACAUCUGCUGCUACACGGGCAAGAUCCUGGUGGAGUGCCUGUACGAGCUGGACCUGGAGACCGGGCGGCGCGUGCGCGUGCGCGACUCGUACGUGGGCAUCGCGCGCGAGUGCUUCGGGCCGCGGUGGGGCGCGCGCGCCGUCAACGUGGCGCAGCUCAUCGAGCUGCUCAUGACGUGCAUCCUGUACGUGGUGGUGUGCGGCGACCUCAUGAAGGGCACGUUCCCCGAGGGCGCCAUCGACACCCGCUCCUGGAUGAUGCUCAUCGGCAUCUUCCUCAUCCCGCUGGGCUUCCUCAAGUCGCUGCACAUGGUGUCGCUGCUCAGCUUCUGGUGCACCAUGUCCCACUUGGUGAUCAACGCCGUCAUUCUGGGCUAUUGCCUGCUCGAGAUCGGCGAUUGGGGAUGGUCCAAGGUCAAGUGGUCCAUCGACAUGGAGAACUUCCCCAUCUCGCUGGGCGUCAUUGUGUUCAGCUACACGUCCCAGAUCUUCCUGCCCAGCCUGGAAGGCAACCUCAUCGAUCGCUCCAAGUUCGACUGGAUGCUCAACUGGAGCCACGUGGCCGCGGCCGCCUUCAAGUCGCUCUUUGGGUACCUUUGCUUCCUCACGUUCCAGAACGACACUCAGCAGGUUAUCACCAACAACCUCCAUUCGCCGGGCUUCAAGGGUUUCGUCAACUUUUUCCUGGUGGUGAAGGCGGUGCUGUCGUACCCGCUGCCCUACUACGCCGCGUGCGAGCUGCUGGAGAAAGCCCUGUUCAAGGGCCGGCCCGACACCAUCUUCCCCACCAUCUGGGCGCUGGACGGCGAGCUUAAGGUGUGGGGUCUGGCGUUCCGGGUGGGCGUGGUGGUGGUCACAGUGCUCAUGGCCAUCUCCAUCCCGCACUUCGCCAUCCUCAUGGGCUUCAUCGGCAGCUUCACCGGCACCAUGCUCUCCUUCAUCUGGCCCUGCUACUUCCACCUCAAGCUCAAACGGCCGUCCCUCGACUGGGGCACGGUGGCGUACGACUGCUUCGUCAUCUUCCUCGGCGUGCUCUUCUGCAUCAUCGGUGUCUACGACUCGGGCUCCGCGCUCAUCAAAGCCUUCGAGAUCGGCCUGCCCUUCUAGACGCACUUCGCUCUCACGCCGCUUCGGACGCCAGCGCCCUCGCUGCAACCGGUCCAGCAGCGCGCUCUCGCUCCCAAGGAACGUAGUAAUCUCUAGAAUGAUCGUAGGUUCAUGCGUCGUACGGCAAGGAACAAAAUGUAACAGCUACGCGAAACACCUUUAGUAACACCUUACGCUACAAUGCAGUCAAUAAUCGAAAAAAUUGAAACAGCAAUAAUUUUUAAGAUGUUUACAUUUUAGAAUACUGUAAGUGAACGCCACAAAAUCCAAUCCAAAUCUUCAAAAUUUGCGGUUGAAUGUUACUACGGGGGCUGAUAUACAGACUUGUAUUAAAAAUCCGUAUGUCUUCCAAAUACAGAUUUAAAACACUAUAAAUCCGUAAAUGGUCUUCCAAUUGCAUUCUUUUUUAGAUAAAAGAAUCAAAGAUAUACUCACAAGUAUCAAAACAAAUAUAAUUUUAUUAUGCUAUAUUACAUUUUGAUGUCUUCUUAGCCUCCUGAGAGUAAGAUAAAUAUAUUGAUGAUAUAAAUAUAUUUACAAAAAUGCAUACUAAGGCAAAUUAAUGCACAAUUGUCCAUUUACUCAAAACUGGUCACUGAAUAUGUGAAAAGAAAUUAUGUUCAACUCAAAGAUACACAUUAACAAAUGUACAAUGUGAAAAUCAUGAACUGAAAUAAACAAAUAUUUAUUCUUCUUGUAAUUCUCUUCGUAGAGAAAUAUCUGGGAAAUUAAGAAACGACUACAUUUCAUCUGUGAUCUAUGAUGCUAUAUUGUUUCAUAAGUCUUCCAUAGAAUUGCAAAAGCUUGCAAAAUCUUGAAGUAAGUUUUGAUCUUACAAUAAACGACAGUGGUUUUUCAAAAUAUAAAACCUCUUUCGAAAUGCAGUUGUAACUGAAACUGAUCUACUGUAAAAUAACAGCAACUCAAGUCUUCCAAGGACAUUUAUCUUAUGUAUUGAAGUCUUCCAUUUUCUGCAUUCAGAUGUUGAAAGUGAAUAUUGUUAUUUCUUGUAAGUGUAGCAACACGUAUUAUCUACAAGAAGUCUUCCAAAGAAACUGGACUGAUAUAAUGAUUGCAAUGCUGCACAUGUUACUGUUGACAAUAGUCAAGUUAAUGAGACUAUAAAUUUCAUGAAUUGAAAUGUUUUACAAAUCAAAAUGCUUGUUUGAAAAAAUAUAUAAAUGUAUCUAAUAGAUUUUUAUAAUAAUGCAAUAACUGAACAGGAGUUUUUUCAUUUAUUUCUCAAAUAUCAUCCUCAUAAAUAUAUAAGUUGAUUAUGACUCCAAACUGAUAUAUUUAUUAUCAUUAAUAAAUUUGUACAUUCAAAAUUCUUUGUUUACAACAAAAAUUAAAAGAAAUAUAUGAAUGUUAGAAAUUUGCUUUUUGGGUACUUUUAUUUACAAAAGGUAGUAUAAAUCAAAGGAAUUGUUUUUAAUUCAGUCUAGAUCGUUAGGAUCUAGAAACCUUUAAACACUCUAGGACAGGUUUUCUUAUUAUCAUGUUUCUGCCAAUGAUUCCAUUGAGCUUUCAGUCAUUGUACUAUGAACUACUUCAUUCAACUGGCAUAAUAGUAUAGGUUUCUCUUCACCAAAUUGACAUUUAUUUCCUUGGUUUUAGUCUCUUUCUAAUUCUCUUGUUUAUUACAAAUGCAAUUUCUUGGAUUUGCUAGUAGUUCUUUUUUUGUUUGUUGCUUACUUAUACUUGUUCAAUUCAUCUUCAAAAAUGUGUUGCAAAUAUGACAUAGAUGUGAAUUUUUCAAAACCUUAUGUGAAAUAUUUAUUAUUCUUCAGAGUGUAUUCUCAAUGUAGUAUUUUCUAUUUAAUACUUCUGCUUUGUUUUCUUCUAGUGAAAACAUUAUUCUUCUUUCAUAAACUUGUUUCAUUAUAUUCCGAUUUUGAUUCAUCAAAUAUCCCCAAAGAAUUUUUUUUUCUUGGUUGUAUUUUUAAACCAUGUUUUAAAUGUUUUCAAUUUCCUAAGAAUAUUAAGUAUACAAUUUAAGUGAAAGACAAAAAUUCCUGUUCAGAUAAAAUUUAAAAAAGAUGCUUAUCUAGUAAGAUGUUAAUUAAUGAAUAUGCCAAGGGAUAUAUUGUAUGUCAUCUUGUAUGUAACUGUGUAAGGAACUAGCAAUAUUGUUGUGUAAACUUCUCUCAGUGUAAAAUGUGGUAGUGGAGCAAUGGGUACAUUCAUUUUUUAAGAAGUUCCGUUCAGUACUUAAUUCAAAAUCUAACCGCCCAAGAUUCUAUAAAUUCCACUAAUAGAUAUUUGCACAUACACACACAGAUGGGUAAGAAUGAAAGAUAAAUAAAAAUCCAUUGUCUUCCACUAAGAAGUAUUAUAAAUGUAUAUGAAAAUAUUUUAAAAUUUAAGGACUAUAACCAAGUGGCUUUAUUGAAAAUUAAUUUAAGACAUUAGAAAAGGUAAAAAUUCUAUGAUAUAUAUUUUAAAAAUUAUUUUCAAAGAACUAUUUUGAGUGUUAUAAUUUUAAAAAUGAUAGGCUUUAUCGUAAACAAUUUUGUCAACUGUAUUAAACCUGUGGAGAUCAGUACGAGAAAAUGUUUGUAUAUAAGGUAUAAAACAAAGAAACCAAGUAGGAAUGAGUUUUGCUGUGGUGAAUGUCUAUGCUUUGAAACAAUGAUUAGAUGUUAACAUGCAAUUUCAUGUGAAAAGCAACUAAAGCAAUAACUAUAUAACCUUCAGUACUUUAUUUUCUUCUGCUACCCUGCAUUUUGAAUACAAAAUCAUCAGUUUCAAUAGCAAUUCACAUAAAGAGGCAAUAUUUCUUUUCUAUUGAUUUUUUAAAAAGGUUAGUAUUAUAUUUAUUAACAUAAUUUGUUUCAAAUAAAGUGCCUUUGAAUAGCUUAUCACAGUGUUCCAAUUUGCUUUUACAUUAUUUUCUUUCAAAAUAUAGGGUCAUAGAAGAAACAAUAAAGAAAUUGAAAUGUUACUGUUUCAUAUGUACUCUAUCAUAUCCACAAAGAUGUAGUGAUUUUAGAUGUGUAAACAUAUGGAAAGUCUUCUCAAUCUUCUGAACAUUUCCACAGAAAUGAAAAGUAAUUUCUAAAAUAUAUCAAUAUAUGUUGAUAUCGGAGUGGUAUCUGGGCAAGAGAAAUAUUAUCAUGCAAAUCCCUACCACAAUAAUGGCAGUUAAAAAAGCAUUGCUGCAGCACAACCACUCCUAUCAAACAAAAUGACCACAAUUAAUGAGCUGAAAUAAUAUUCAGUCAAAAUACAGGAAAAAAUCCAUAAAAUCAAUUAAAUUGGCCAAAAUGUCCAAAUUAAUUUUCAAUUCCUGCAACCAGUUAAUCCAAGGGGAAAUUCUUGUGAACAUGUGUUAAAAGUAGCUCGUCUGUUGCAUCAAAUGGUCUUAAAAUGAUAAUUUCAAUCUCAAUUACCUUCCAGGAUAAUAAGAGAUGAUAUAUUGUUAUAAAGUGUUUAUAAGCCCUCUUAGAAUGAAAUGCCUUUGAACCAUGUGAUUGGUGUAGGGCAUGCAAGGACUGAUAGAAAAAUAGGUAUCUUGCAGGAGUGAUUGUUUAUUUCUGUGUAGUGAAUGUUUCAAUAAAUCUGUUAUGCCAAACUUCAAUGUUAUUGUACAGUUUGAGAGAUGGAGUAUGAAAAGUACAUUAUGGAAGUUAUGUUCAUGUUAAAUCAUAGUAAUCAAUGGAAAACUUUUUAAACAAUAGGGUCCGUUACUAAUAAAUGAUUGAGAAGUAUGGAUAAAGCCAUCAUCAAAAUAUUAAAUGGAUAUAUCCUGCUAUUCAUAACCAGAGACUUCAUUUGGGAAAAUUGAUUGUAAAUGAAACUGCUCUAACAUCAUUAAAUUUUUGUUAACACUGUAGCAAGAAAUAUAAAUAGAUAUACCAUGUUAUAAUCCUGUGAGUAUAUAAGCUAGAAAUUAUUAAGUACUGUUGUUGGACUAUUUUCAAACUGCCAUAAUGUGUAUUCAGGUUUAAAAGAAUAUAGAAUGUGUACAUC